CCCCACGUGGAGCCGCGGCUCUGAUUGGGCUGCGGCCGCUUUGUGGGCGGGCCGCAGAGCCCGGGCUGGCAGGAGCUCGUGAAACCGCGUGAGAAAGUUUCAGAUGAGGAGCAGCGAGGAGGAGGAAGAGGAAGAGGAUGUUGUUGUGAUCGAACUCCUCUUCACACUGACGCCGCUUCGCCUUCUCUCACUGGAGUGAUCGGUGCCUCCGCCACACACUCAAGAGGAGACACUCCUCCGCCUCCAGCCCGCGUGGAUGAUCCUGCUGCCCGGCGGAGAGGCGACAAUCUGCGGCUGAGAGCUGACGACCCACCGGCGUGAACCCCCCCCACACACCGGCCACCUUGCUGGUUUGCUUCUACUUCGGAAUACACCGGUUCAGUCCCCGGGGCGACUGAGGUUAGCUCCCCUCACCUGGCCCGUGUAGCUGGAAGCGGGUGAAACGGUCGUUGGACGCGGGUGAGCUUCUUUUAGCUGCCUCCGGCUAAUGAGCCGUUUCCAGUGUUUUUCCGGUUGAGUUACCGCCGGUGGAGCGGGGGACAGACGGAGAGAGAGGAGCGGGGAUCCACGUUAAACGCUCGGUGAAGUGGGAGCGAGCCGGAGGAGGCGGAGGUCGCUUUUAUUUGAGAUUAACUCCACUUGCUCACAACUACGGCGGAUGGAUCCUUCUCCGUGAUCGGGAGCUUACCCCCCCUCUCUCCCCCCCCACACACACACAUCCUCACCAGACCCUGUUUGAUUCCCCCAGCAACGUGGUGGUGCUAAGAAGGAAGGGGUCGUAUCCUCCCGGAGAUAACGAUGUUUCCCCAGGGGCGGCACCCGACGCCCCACCAGGCUCCAGGCCAGCCCUUCAAGUUCACCAUCCCAGAGUCACUGGACCGCAUCAAGGAGGAGUUCCAGUUUCUUCAGGCACAGUACCACAGUCUCAAGCUGGAGUGUGAGAAACUGGCCAGUGAGAAGACGGAGAUGCAGAGACAUUAUGUCAUGUACUAUGAGAUGUCUUAUGGCCUCAACAUCGAAAUGCACAAACAGACUGAGAUUGCCAAGAGACUAAACACCAUCUGUGCACAAGUCAUUCCCUUCCUCUCGCAGGAGCAUCAGCAGCAGGUCGUCCAAGCUGUAGAGCGCGCAAAACAGGUGACUAUGGCAGAGCUCAAUGCUGUCAUCGGGGUACGUGGACUGCCAGGUCUUCCACCUACA